CGUUGCAACUGCCCAGAGUGUACCAAUCCGACGACUUUAGGGUUUCCACACCACUCCGAAUCCAACCAGCGGCCAUGGCGACGGUGGCGGCGGCGAAGGGAGGCGAGAAGCCGGCGCUGAGGAAGCCCGUAUUCGUCAAGGUGGACCAGCUCGGCCCGGGCACCGUCGGACACACCCUCACCGUCAAGGUCGUCAGCGCCAAACCCAUCGCCCCCCGCGCGCGCGCCGCAGGCGGCGGGCCCGCUGCCUCCCGCCAGGUCCGCAUUGCCGAGUGCAUCGUCGGUGACGAGACCGGGGUCAUCGUCUUCACCGCCCGCAACGACCAAGUUGACUUACUGAAGCCAGGCACUACGGUGCUUUUGAGGAAUGCGAGAAUUGAUAUGUUCAAGGGGUCGAUGAGGCUUGCAGUCGACAAGUGGGGGCGCGUGGAGGUUACCGAGCCUGCUAGUUUUACCGUGAAAGAGGACAAUAACAUGUCACUAGUAGAGUACGAGCUGGUUAACGUGGCUUAGUGGUCGGUCUAACUGUUUUCUUUUGCUUCCAUAAGAAAGCAUGUCGAACUUCAGGAAGAAUUUCUAUGUUUAUCUGUUUGCUGCUGGUGUUAAAUUUUUUGGCCAGCGAGAUUUACACGAAAUCCAUUUGUGCA